GCCCGGAGGAAGUAGACGUCACUGAGGCUUUCUGGGAUAGGCUACUUGCGGACUCGGAGUCAGACCCAGCAACAAUCCUAGUGUGAUGGAGACCGAAAUAGAGCACAUUUUCAGAGAUUUUUUAAUGAACAAGAUUAAAGAAAUAGAAGAUGAAACUCAAGAAACCAGUGUGAAAGAUGAGCCACAGUCUGAUCCUGUAAAGGAGACCAGAGAAGAUGGACACAAGGAAGAACAAAUGAACACAUUAACAGAUAAUGUCGUGCACACUGACCUCCAAGAUAAUCAUGGUCAAGAGGACACCAGCACUAAACACAGAAAAAGUAAAAAGCACAAAAAACACAAAAGUAAAAAGAAGAGAAAGAAACGCAAAGAAGGAAAAGACAGCAGCUCAGACACGGAGUCUGACAAAGAGAUUCAAGAAAGUGGAAAGAAAAAGAAGAGCAAGAAAAAGAAAAGAAGCAAAGAUGCAGACAAACCAAAGAGGUCUGGCUCACGGUCCGAAAGCUCUUCAGCAUCUGGUUCUGAAUCUGAGUCUGAAUCGAAACCUUCUAAAGAAAAUACAAAGUCCUCUUCAGCAGAUAAGACUUCAAAGUCUGAGCUCAGAGACACAUCUGGUGUUGGUAAACCUCAGGAGUUGCCUGACAUUAUUCCCAAGGUGGAGAAUUCGGUCCACAAAAGCACAGAGAUGGAAAGGACCGAGGAAAAGAAAAGAAGUUCCUGUAGGACAUCUAAAAGUAAAGAGAGAUCUAGAGGAAGACGAACCAGAUCAAGAUCACCCAGACGAAAGUCAGAGCGCAGGUCAAGAUCCCCAAAACGAAAACCGCCGACCUCUCGCUCUAGAAAUAGCUCAAAAAAGAGGUCUCCUCAACAGAGAGAGAGAAGCAGAUCGAGGUCAAAGAGGCACAACAAUCGGUCCAGAUCUCAUUCUGUCAGAAGAGGCAAACAUUCAAGAUCCAGGUCACGCUCCAGAUCAAGGUCUGUUGUUAUCUCAAGGAAGAACAGAAGGUCCACAUCAAAAUCUAGGUCUCGCUCACCACAGCAUAGACACCAUUCAAGGAGUAAGUCUCAGUCCAGAACAAAACCUUCAGAAUCAAGGUCCAUUUCGAACUCAAGGUCUGAUCUAAAACUGGAAACCGAAUUGAUUACGAAGGAUAUAGAUCCAGCAGUUGACAAUAGUAAGAGUUGUGAAACGCAAACAAAUGUGUCUCUAAACACAACUGAGAAUGGAAAAGAUCCAACAGUGACUGUGAUAUCUGACACCAAGUUAUCAGAAACUGCAUCGAACGUCUCAAGUUCUGGUUUCAGUCCAGUUGUUGUCAAAGGAUCUUGGCGACCAAUUCCCUUCUUGGCACAGCCAUCUGAGACCACAUCUUCACAAAAAUGUGUUAAACCUGAGGUGCCUUUGGAAGUGACCAAUAUAUCUGAAGAACCUUCUGUAUUCCCGACUGUUAAGCCAAAAGAUUCAGAGGGUGCUGCCAGUCCUGAGAAGAAAGAAACCAAUGUGAAUCCAACAACCAUUGAAGAAACAUCAGUGGAGAAGAACUCAAUGUCACCAUCCCGAUCUCCCAGUCAAAAAAUAUCUGCAAGUUCCAAAGUAGCUGCACAAUCCGGAUCAAAAUCAUCAUCAAAAAAAAAGUCUAGGUCGUCUUCACAGAAGUCUCGCUCACCCUCUGAAAGAAAAUCGCACAAGUCUAGACCAAUGAGCAAGCACUCAAAAUCAAGAUCGCCUAAAAAGAAAAGGUCGAGAUCUCGUUCACAAGGUCGUCAGAGGAAAUCUCGAACUCCAGACAGAAACAGACGUUCAAAAUCAAGAAAGAGGUCAAGCUCACGUUCGAGGAGGAGAUCCCGAUCUGGCUCGCGUCAGAGAAGAGCUUUCGGAAGCCGGACCCUAAAUCAGCGGGACAGAUGGAAACGAGAACCCAGUCGCUCUCCGGUCCUCAUUCUCCGUAACAAAAGAUCGACGUCCAAAACUCGACGCAGCACCAGCAAGACGCCUCCACGUCUUACAGAACUUGAUAAAGAGCAGUUGCUGGAAAUAGCAAAGGCUAAUGCUGCAGCUAUGUGUGCCAAGGCCGGCAUGCAAAUCCCGGAGAGCCUCAGGCCCAGAGCUGCUCUUCAACUCCCUUUGCCAAUCCCAAACUCCACAUCUUUGUCUUUAUCCUUCCCAAUGAUGUCAAACAUGACUAUGAACGCUGCUAUGGCUAGUAUGACUGCCGCCACCAUGACCGCUGCUUUGUCCAGCAUGGGUGCUUUGGCUUUUUUGCCACAAAUGGCACCAUUACCCACAAUCGUCAACAAGCCACCGUCUUCGAACACACAGAAUCUCGCCAAUAUUGAAGAAGCUAAAAAGAAAGUUGCAAAGCAGGCGAACAGCUUCAGUAUUAAAGAGCUAACAGAGAGAUGCAAAAAGAUAGUAGAUAGUAAGGAAGAGAUGGCCAUCGCAAAACCACAUGUGUCAGACGAUGAAGAGGAUGAAAGGCCAUUCGGAGCGUCCCUUAAGGAGCAUAAGGGCAUCGCGUUCAGUCUCAGUAACACCUCAAUAAAGCCAUCCAUCCGAACCGAUGUGACGUUUGCUAAGGAGUUCCCAGUGUCUUCCGGCUCGCAACACAGGAAUAAAGAGCCUGAUGGUGCAUAUGGUGAAUGGGUAUCAGUCAAAAAGAAAACAGAAAAGCCAUCUGCUUCAGGUUCUUCUGGGACUGAGAAAACUACCAAGGACAAUGAUAGUGUCUUUCCUGAAGCACCUUCUCAGCCCGUGGACAUCACGUCGGCUGUCAGUGAGAGAGCGGUUGCCCAGAAGAGACUGGCCGAAAACCCUUUUGACAUCAAUGCCAUGUGCAUGCUGAAUAAGGCUCAAGAGCAAGUUGAUGCAUGGGCCCAAUCCAACACGAUUCCAGGCCUCUUCACAGGCUCAACAGGAGCUCAAGUGCUCUCCUCUGAUGAGCUCUCUAACAGCGGCCCGCAAGCGUGGAUUAAGAAGUCUAAAAAUUACUGCUGCGUCAAAAGGGCCUGGUCGUGCACUAACUGCAGUCAAAACAAUGUUUGCUCCUCUUGGGAUCUGGCAUCCAGUGGGUACAAAGUUGAAGCUCAAUGGUGGGUUUGGGACACGGAUGGACGAGGGGUGGGGGCUCACAGUUUGACCUGUGAACUCUCACCCCUCUGUAUGGAAACUUGUUGCAGGGUCAGUCCUUGUAGCUGCCUUGUUGCCAUGGUCACAGUCAGGCCCCUUCUGUUCACGUCAGAUGCUCGGCCGAUGAUGGGGGCCUAGUGAACCGACUCAGAGCCUGAGAUCUGUUGAGGAUGGUAUUAUAGAUGCUUUGUGCUAUGUAAAAAUUACACUGCCAACUCAAAAGUUUGGAAUCAUGUUUGAUGUUUUUGAAAGUCUUUGCUCAACAAGGCUGCAUUUGUUUGAUCAAAAACUACAGUAAAAUUGUGAAUUGUGAACCAUUUUCUAUUUGAAUGUAUAUAUUUUAUUCCUGUGAUGCAAAGUUGAAUUUUCAGCAUCAUUACUCCAGUUUUCAGUGUCACAUCAUCUUUCAGAAAUCAGUUUAAUAUGCUAAUUUGCCGAUUAAGAAACAUUUCUGAUUAUUAUCAAUGUUGAAAACAGUUGUGCUGCUUCAUAUUUAUUUAUUUUUUUGUGGAAACCAUGAAACGUUUUAUUUUUCAAAAUGGUCUGAUGAAUGGAAAGUUCAAAAGAACAGCAUUUUUGUGAAAUAGAAACCCUUUGAAACAACAUACAGUUUUAGAUUCUGUUUUCCCUUAAUAAUAAAAACCUUAAUUUAAAAACUGCAGGUUGUGUUUACUUGUGUUAUCUUUGACUAAUAUUUAAAUUUGUUUGACGAUCUGAAACAUUAAAGUGUGAAAAACAUGCAAAAAAAAUAAGAAACCAGGAAGGGGGCUAACACUUUUUCACACCACUGGAAAUGUCUUCACUGUAAAUUUUAAUCAGUUUGCUGUGUCCAUAAGAUUUUUUUUUUUUUUUUUCAGAAAAAUAUGAAGCAGCAAGAUUGUUCUCAACAUUAAUAUCACAUUAUAAAAAUGUUUCUUGAGCAGCAAAUCAGCAAAGAAUGAUCUCUGAAGGAUCAUGUGACUACAGGGAAUUCAACUUUGCCUCACAGAAAUAAAUUAAACGUUUAAUUGUAUUAAAAUAGAGAACGAUCUUUAUUGUAACCAAUUUUUACUGUAUUAUUUAUCAAAUAAAUGCAGCACUGGUGAGCAGAAAUGACUUCUUUCAAAAACAUUUUCAAAAAUUUAAAUUAUUCCAAACUUUGACCAAUAGUGUUACAUUAUAUAUAAUAUAUACUUAUUUAGUUAUUUAGACCUGCUCCAGGUGAGAAAUAAAGGAUUCUACAUGUAAACAUUUCACACAUUCUUAAACCACAAACUCACAAGGCUAUUAUAUCUUAUAUUUUAAUUUAAACACAGCUCCAGUUGCAGUGACGUGACCUUGUUGCUCUAAAUGUGAGCGUAUCAUUCACUGCUUCCCGUUUCCCUUCGUUUGCCUCUCUCUGUCUGAAUCUGUCCCAUUCCAUUCAGGACCAGUUCCUGCGAGCGGCGCCGGUCUCAGGUGGGAUGGGGGAGUUAUUGAUGAGGAAGAUGGGAUGGCAUUCAGGGGAGGGUUUGGGGAAGCACAGAGAAGGAACAGUGGAGCCCAUCAUUAUUGACUUCAAAACGGACC